GAAAAUGAAACAUGUUUACUAUUUGAUAACCACAGCGAAAAUAAUGAAAGGGUCAUAAUAUUUAGUACGAGAAACAACUUGAAGUUAUUAACAUGUGCAAAUACUUGGUACGCAGAUGGAAAUUUUGGAUUAGCCCCUAAAAAUUUUUCACAACUUUAUAUUAUAAGAAUUGAAAAAUAUAAUGAAUUCUUUACGGUUCUUUUCUGUAUACUUGAAAAAAAAAGUCAAUGCAUUUAUGAAAUAAUGUUUAAUGCUAUUUUAUCAAUCUGUGAAAAGAACAAUCUUUUUCCAGAUCCGCUAUAUAUAAAAGUAGAUUUUGAAAAAGCAGUAAUAAAUGCAGCAAAAAAUGUAUUAGGGGAACAUUUAAUAAUAAAUGGUUGUUUUUAUCAUCUAUGCCAGAGUACGCACAGAAAAUUAUCAGAAUUAGGAUUAAAAAAAAAAUAUCAAGAAGAUUACGAUUUUAAUGAAUUCUGUGGUAUGUUAGAUGGUUUGGCUUCUUUGCCACUAAAUAGGUUACAAGAAGGUGUUGACUAUUUAAAAUCAGUUAUUCCUCUUGGUGCCGAGGACUUAUUUCAAUAUUUUGAAGAAACUUACGUGAGUGGAACGAUACGUCGAAUAAAUAAGCAAAACACUCUACAUUUAACCGUUCGACGUUUUCCAGCAAUGUUUCCUCCGGAAACAUGGAAUGUUCACCAAACAACUCUUAAUAACAACCACCGAACCAAUAAUGUUUGUGAAUCAUGGAACAAUCGAUUUUGCCAUUUGGUUGGAGGAAAACACCCCUCGAUUUGGACUUUAAUUACCAAAAUAAAAAAUGAAAUGUGUGCAAAACUUGCUCUGUAA